AAAAAAGAAAAGUAAUACAACGAGCUUCCGUUGGUGGAGUCUUCGGCGGUUUCGAGCCGUCAGGUGUUUUGUUUUCGUUUUUGCAAUUUGCGUCCUCCGGUCCUCCGCGUGUGAUCCUCAGCUGCAUGGGUUCCCGAUGAUCGUCUCGGUGAUCUGGGAGAGCCCGGCAUCGUGGUGCAAAAGUGCGCCACCCUGAGCCCGGUGUGCUGGCGCUCGCCGAUUCCCGCCGCCCCACCGACCGUGGAUACCGCCCCCCGUGCGCCCAAAGGUGUUUCGUUUAGGCUUACUCUUUGUCCGAAGCCAUGGGCGACAAGUCGUCCAACAAACCCUCGGCGGUGUUCGUCAAGCCCGUGCCCAUGAAACUGUUCGCGGCCUGGGAGGUGGACAAGACGACGCCCAACUGCAUCCCCAGACAAUGCACAUUCACGUUAACGAGGCUGCUGCUGCUCAAGCCGCUCGGCAAUGAGGUGGCGUUCAUCACCAUUGCCGUCAAAAUGCAGAGCUCCAAGAGGACUCUGCGCUCAAACGACAUCCUGCUCCCAAACACCGGUGGCCUCCUGGACACAGAGCUGGACCUGUCGUUUUCUUUACAGUACCCUCACUUCCUGAAGGGAGCCGGCGGGAGCAACAAGUUGCACGUGACGCUGCAGCGCAGGAAGCGGUACAAGAACCGUGCAAUGCUGGGCUACAAGACCAUAGCCACAGGCGUCAUCAACAUGUCGGAGGUGCUCCAGCGCCCCGUGGGGCGCGAGUUGGAGCUGCUGGGGGAGGAGAAGGAGCGCCCGGAGCCCGUGGCCCGCAUCCAGGUGGAAGCCCUGAGCACCCACCCGGUCCAGGAGGAGCCCUGCGACGCCAGGCACAAGGCGCAGGGUCAGGGCCCAGACGCUGAACGCUCUGGCGACAACACAGAUGAUGACGAGGACUCCUCGUCUAACGAUGAUGCGAGCGACAGCGCGCCGGAGGAGGCUGGCCACACCGACGCCCUCAUGCGCCGGCGACGAUCCUCUCAGAUGCGCAAGAGGAACAUCAAGCAGAAGUUCAUCAACCUGUUGAAGAAGUUCAGGGUCCCAGAUGCCGAGGCGUUUGAUGCGGAGCACUACCCGGAGGGCUUGGAACAGGAGCUGAUGCACAAGAACUCCAGGGACCUGGAGGACCUGCUCCUGGACGAGCUGGACGACCUGUCGGACAGCGGACCUGAGGGAGACAACAUGAGCCUGUCCUCCACCCCAAAGCCCAGCCUCAGGCCUUUCUUUUCCUCGUCAACUUUGGUGCCGCUGGAAGCAGAAAAGUCCCUGCGGCACAGCGACGAGAGCCUUCAGCGGGCGGAAUCGGACAGUGCCCAGGACACAGAGCCCGAAGAAGGAGCGAGUCCGCCCCACAGCGCGGAAGAGCGCGUCCACAAGGUCGUCGGCACCGCCCCGGCAGUGCCUACUCCCAGGGGGGCGCCGAGGGACUCGGACAGCAGCCCCUGGGUCCUGGACCAGUUGGGGCAGCUGUUUGCGGGCGACGAGGCGGUGCCCGACCGCCUGCUGCUGGUGGAGGCUCCCUGGCUGGCGACGGCACUGCAGAGGGCGGCCCUGCCGGGCGUCCUGUCGCUGGCGCACGGCGCAGAUCUGAAGGCGGCCUUGGCCGCGCUCGUGUCCAGGAUACAGAAGUUCUGCAACUGCAACUCUCGGGCCCCUCUAACGGUGCGAGUGGGGCUGCUGGGCUCGGACCCAUUCCUGCACUCUGUGGUGCGUCUCUACGUGGAGCACUUUUCGACCAAGCCCCCCGAGUGGCAGGCCUACCUGCGCUUCUUUUUCGUCCCCACAGGCCCCGGCAGCAGCCCCGUGGCACGCUACCUGAGCAGCGUGGACAACUGCUAUGCGUCGCUGUUUGGCGACUCCAGCUGGCGGGAGCUGGUGGAGCGGGGAUCCCCGGAGGCCCCCGAACUGGCGGAUCGCGUGGCGGACUACCUGUCAGGGGCGCACAGCUGCCUGCAGCUGCCCGUCGCGGAGGCCAUGGUCACCUACAAGGGACACAGCUCUGACGAUGAGUCCACGCAGGUGUUCAUCCCUUUCAUCAGUGAUGUCAAGAUAGGCGUCAUGGAUGGAGUCUCGUCCUCAGUGGACCUGGAGGAAGCCCUGCCGGGAAGCUCCCCUCCCGGGGGACCGAUGGAGCGUGAGAGCACCACCCCUCCCAGCUCGCCCAGCAUGAGCAGCGCGGGACUGGCGCCGGCGGGGGGCUGUCCAUCAGGGGGCCCUCAAGGAGAGGCCAUGGAUCUCCAGCUGGACUACUGGACUCUGGGACCAUCAGCCAGGAAGGGGGCAGAGCCUUCCAAGCUCACGCUCAAGGCCUGGUUCCGCUCCGUCCAGGUCUGGAGGUUGGCAAACACCAGUGAGGCCCUGGGUCCCAGCCUCACACUCAACUAUGUCACCAAGGAAAAGAAGCAGAAGAUCAUGCGCCUGGGCAAGAAGAAAGAGCGGGAGUCCGACCGCGACGCCCGCUGUCAGCUGGUGGAAGGAGUGCACCGGCUGAUCUGCUCCUGCAGAAACCUCCAGGCGCCACUCAAGGUCACGAUCGACAGCGUGGAGUGGACGGGAGUCAAGUUCUUCCAGCUGAGCUCCCAGUGGCAGACGCACAUCAAGUACUUCCCGGUCGGGCUGUACAUGGCACCCGAGCACAGCCAGAGCCACUAGAAGGGGAGGGACCCCGGACCAGAGGACAGCCACAUUCGCCGGCCCGUGCAGUGCGGACUCUCUCUUCACGGCGACCCGUGCGUGGGAGUCGAUCGAAAAGACAAUCGUGGGGUUGCACCCGCGUGUAGCGUUCACGAGGGCAAGAGGACCCCUAUUUAUUUGCGAGUUCUGGGGGCGUUGGUCUUCCAGCCAGGCACUCGAUUGGGUCCUGCCGUAGUCACAUGAUGUGCCAGGUGUCGUUGUGUUUGUAUGUACAUAUCCACCCACCCCCCUUUCCCUCGAGGGCGUCAUCGCCCCAAGGUUGUCUCCGUAGCCGCGCGCUCCGGGUCGGGAAUCGUGGCCUUGCGUUCCGACCGGAGCAGCACUGGAACGCCGGAUGUCGCGAGUACCGUAUUUAUUUGAGUCUAACACGCCCUCGAUUGUAACGCGCACCUAUUUUUCGUGGUCCGAAAAAAAAACGUGAUGACCUCAGUUGUUACGUGCACCAGAUUUUGUAGGUUGGAUAGAGAAAUGAAACUUUUUCUCACUUAAACAACGAAGGUUUAUUCUAAAUGCUUCAAUCUUGCGAUGAAAUGAACAGCGCUGUCUCUCUCCGGCGAGGUCGUCAUCACGACGCCGGUCCGGUGCAGCACCCGUGGGGCGGUAUGCAUCACUCGUCAUCGUUGUCGGACCACUCCUUAUCGCUGUCAACGGCCCAAAGCAUUUCACCUUCGGUGCCGUCCAUAGCGUUAGAAAUUCCGCACUUCUUGAAGGCCUUGAUAACCAUGGCAGACGGGAUCGUGCACCAGGCACCUUUCGCCCAUCCGACGAAGUCCUGCAGCGAGGCAAGAGCCUGGAAAACUAAACGCGCGUGAUGCAGCCCGAUUUCCACCGCUCUCCGCGCACAAUAUCAUUUUUCUUUUGAAUCCAGCAUCAUGGUGAAUGCGGCGUAUCUUUGCAGUGGGAACUUCCAUGCUGAUACGAAUGGAGCGGCCAUUUUGAAAUAUCGAUGGCGAUAUGGUAGCGCAGUUUUGGUUGUGGCGCGCAUAGAUUUUCGGACCUAUUUCCCCGUAAAAAAGGUGCGCAUUAGAUUCGAGUAAAUACGGUAAUCUUCGAGCCAGCGACCAGUGCUCCUACAAGUCUAGAGCCAGAGGAACGCUAUGGUUUGUCAUUUUGUACAGGUGGAUCUUUUUUUUUAGGCCAACGUUGGCGGUACUGUUUAUUUAAGUCAUCUGCGAUUCUCCGGUGUAUAACGAAAUGUGCGCGUAUUGGUGUCUCGAAGCAGUUUCUUUCGUUGUAGAUGUCUUAGCGUGAGUCAAUUGUGUGGGAAUUUAGGUGUCACAAUGUCGUCUACACAUUGUAUGUGGCGUUGAGAACAGAAGUAAUAAAUUAUUAUUUGGGUUUGUCGAGCGAAGCCAGGCUCGUGGCAGUUCGUACUUACCUAAUUUCUUUCAGUGUAGCUGCGGUGUUUGAGGACGGUCAUUAGCCUGACAGUGCUCCAGUAUCGCUGAGACAAAUUAGUUACCGUGAUCGCCUGAGAGAUGGCCCACCCAAAAUCGCGAGAAAAUUGGGCGAAAAUAAGGAGUGGGCUAACUUUCAGUGUACAAUCGAGAGUAGUUGAAAAAAUGCUAUUUUUAGGUUGUGUGUCUGUCAAACUUGUUAUUGCGGCGAGGGGCAAUAAAGCAAAGGUGACUGUACUUCCCAGUCA